ACGGGCGAUGAGGGAAGAUCGCGAGGAGAAGCCAAAAUUUCACUCUGGAAUUAUUCUACUACAAUAUCAUAUUCGUGAGCCCCAACAGAAGCCACCAAGUAGCCAAAAAUCACUUGUUGUGGUUUGAAAAGGUGUAUUUGCCAGCUUUGAGAGGGCAGUUUGGAGCGCAAGGUAAGGCGGCGUACAGGCUACCAUGCGAUUAAUAACAAAGGCGGACGGGCGACCAGGGGGCAUUGGAGGGGGCAUUGCACAACGCCAUGGAGGGCAACAGUCAACUCGACCAAACUUUGUUGUCAAUAUUUUUGCACAGUAAAGUUUUUAAAUCAAUGUACAGCUCACAACAGACCAGACUAACGGAAUACAAUGUAAGCACUUGGUAAUUUACAGACGUCUUCCAAGUGUCAGGAUAAACGUGUCACAUGUUUCUUGUGGUGAAAUCAUGUCUCAAUAUGCGGUGGCUCAUAUUAUAUGUUGCUAAGGCUGCUACAUCCAUAAAAUACAUUACGUCAGUACUUACAACGUAUUUCAUUAAAACAGUAUUUUCCAUCUGCCAUGAGUUUACACAUCGUGGCAUCCUCAACCUGCCAAGUCGAGCAUCGUCUCCAACUUAUCUGCCUCUACCUAUUGGCUAGCCUGUGGUCCGUUCCUUUUACUCACAUCUGAUACAAAAUCGUCGUGAUUUUGCGUAGUUGGUGGUGACAUAUUUCAUGCUUUGUCUGAUUUGCUUAAUUCUCCACGUAAACAUUAUAUCAAGUAAUGGCAACCGCGAACUCAGACGGGACAUGGAGAAUAUGGUAGCCUGUACUGGUUACUCUAGUAACACUACCCCAGGCCUCGGCUGUUCAUAUGAGGCGUUAGAAUAAUUCUUAAACCGACUCUAAAUGCAGGCCACUCAGUAGCCGAUAAGCCCCGUUUUGCAAGGGAACGUCGGUCUUUUCCACAAGGCCUCCAACAAAACAUUGUGGCAUCAUUAACUGUAAACUUGCCGUUAUAAGUGUGCCUGUUAUGAUCCCCAGUCUAACGUGUACCGAAGUGUACAAAUCAGUAAUACGGUAUUUAAGUUAGGCCUAUUCAAGCUUUAGACGUCCGCUGUUGUAGCAGUUACAAAAAACUAAUUGAUAACUGGAGAAGCUCGGAGCAGCCGGUCACUGCCGGGAUUGCUUUCGUUGAGGUCUCUGGGUAACCCCAGCUCAGACACAAUACAAUGACACUGCCGACAACCAGGUUCCGCUUAUGCUCGAUAGGAAGCUGCAUUACAAAUCUGGCGUGUUAUUCUGUAGCUCGGGUGGUGUGAUUUGUAGGGCCCUACUGCGUGAUGUGCCCUAUUUUGAUGUUUGAAAAUAUGUCAGCGAUUAAGCUGACCGCGGAUGCCACGCACUUACUGCAGUUCGCGAGUGAAGGGUGUUGGGCAAUGGGCGAAUAAUCCUACACACGGAUAGCUACCUUCAGCGAGACCCCAGAGAAACAGUUUAAAGACGUACGAGUGUGGGAUGAAGUGUUUGUGCUGUAACGGCCGACGCCGGUAGACAGUGAGGAAAUAGGUCAAUACACAUAUUUGUUUACUUUAGACUACCUGUCAUUUAGACCUUAUAUAUAUAUAUAUAAUACCUCAAAUGUCUGUCUUUCACUAGUCGAUGAUUUGUAGCCGACUUCGUUUUCACCACUGUAGCACCUGGGUAAGAGUCUCGCUUCGGCCUGUUAUUAGCCGAAAUUUGUAAAGCCAGAUGUGCCAACUCUCAUUCUCUCGGAGGCUGUAUGAACGCUUGCCCUGUUGAAAUGAUCUGAGCUAUACAAUUGUGGUUAAGCAUUAAGCAAAACAACCCAGCGUCGAAUCGGUUGUCUAAUCGGUUUGACCUUGCAAGGCAAUAGAAUUAAACACGCACAGGUCAUUUUAGAUACACCUGCUUGUUAACGCAAACAGCCAAAAAGCGGAUGACGUGGCUGGAGGUCAGUAUACAUCCAGACAUUGUCAAGAGGUUAUGUUGUGAUUCCUCCAAACGUUAGUACGGGAAGAUGCGUGAUGAUGUAACAGACUUUGUCCAUAUUAUGAUGUUUGUGUCAGAAGUGGUGGUUCCAGCAUCUCAGAAACCGCGGAACUGGGAUUUUCACACCCUUCAGUCUGGAGUUUACUGAGCAUCUUGUGAUAAACAAAAACAUCCAGUAGCUGCAGUUCUGUGGGUGAAAACACCCUGUUAUUGAUAGGUCAGAGGAGAAUGGGCAGACUCAUUCUGGCAGACAGGAAGGCUAAAAUACUAAAAUAACCUGUCUGUACAACAAUGGUGUGCAGAAGGGCAUAGCUGAACCCACAACACAGGGUUAAAGGUUGGAUCCAACCUUGAAGUGAAGGGAAAAAGUGUUGUCUGCCCAGGUAUACCUAAUUAAGGGGCCAGUGAGUGUAGGUUUUUCAGCUUGCAUAUCAUCAAAAACAUUCCAGUAUAUUUUGAGGACUGGUAAAGUUAAAGUUAAAUGUAGGUUUUAGUUCGAUACCUUGACACUCAUUGAAACUUGCCACCACUUCUAUUGGUGGAAAGGCUAAUCCUCUAACCAUGAUGAACACCAAUGGCACCCACUUAAUUAGCAAUAAUUAAUUGGUGCUCUAAAUGGUUAGCUUACUUGAAAGAUGCUUUGUUAAUGGUUAAUUAACACGUGGCAUAUAUUAAGAGGAGUGAUUAGAAGCAUAAUAAGUAGUCAUACAAACGUUUGGUUGACUUGAAACGAGGCUCAGCCUGGUUAAAUGAAGGUCAAAUAAAUACAAAUAAAAUAGAAAUGUGACCCAAAUGUGAAAUGUGAACUUGAUUUUGAAAUGAUAAUUUCACAGGACUUGGGCGUUACUCUGCACAAACUCCUACAAUUUCUUAAAUUCUUAUUGUGUAGAGAUGCAUUAGUCAUGAUAAGAAGGAGUUCCUGAGUAACAUGCUGUCAUUAUUAUUCAGUUUUAUGAGGAAACAGCAGAAUAACUCAACACAUUGUGCACACAAAAAGAAAGUCAUAAAUAUCACGUUUUUUUGAGAAUUAUACAAUAUUUCAUGGCUUAAAAUCCAUAAAUUGUUGAAUGUAGUUAGUAAAAAAAAAAAACAUAAACGAGAAAAACAGGAAAAUUGAUUAUGGCCUAAUGAAUGUAGACACUUAGCUUCUCUAUGAAGGGGACUGGGAGUCAUGUUUCAAAUGAAUAAAUACAGAUAAGACACUGACAUUUUGAAAUCUAAUACCGCUCUAAAAUGAAAUCCAUCUUGGCAUAUAUCAGAACUCUAGAGUGAUGUCAAGAACGUAAAUGUUCGUAAACAUCACAGUUGUCAUUGGCUUCAAACACGUUACAAAACUGGAGCAGUUGGUUUAGGUGCAAAGAAACUAAGGACACCCGGACUUGUGUUGUACAGGUCAACGUUUUCAGUUUUAUUUGGAAUUUGCCCUGAUGUGUCGGCCAUGAAACACAGUUUGAAUUCAUUUUAACCAUUCAUCCUCGGAAAUUGACUUUAAUCUCUGAAUAUUUAUCUACCAGAUAAAACGCAUGUACACAUUGAUAAGAAAUAUGAUAAAAUACAUAACCAGAUUUAGGGACUAAUAGGUUGUGCUUUGACUGUAUGAACAAGUUCCAGCCAGAAGGGAAAAUGGCAUGAAAGAGGUGGAGGAGUUGGUAGGACAGCAAAAGUCAAUGUGAAGAGUUUGGAAGAGAGACAAGAGAAAAUAACCAUUGAGAAACUGUACCAAGUUAAAUGGGGAAGACCAGUGUCUUAAGAUGCAUUUCUCGAUAUCAGUUAGCAAGGCUUGUUUACACGGGCACUUAUUCCCAUGUUUUUCCACUUACUGGUGUUUCGACCAAUUAAAUCAGCUCCUUUGCAGAUAACUGGGCCAAAGGUCAGAAAUAUUAUGACUGUGUAAAUUCAGUUCAAGUAUUGUGAUUGGGAAGGGGAUGGAAAUUGAAAGAGGAUGCCUGGAAUAUAGGAAGGACCUGGGGUUUUAUUCUGAAGUGGCGGAGGUCAGUGUAAGAAUGCUUGAAGUACAAAUUGAUCUGAGGCCUGAUUGUCAAAGGUGAGAGAAAAAAAAGGAGUGAAGGUAAAAGCAUUGUCAAGUGGAGUAGAGGGUGAUGUAAUGUCACUUUACAGACAUCUUAAUUCUUGUUCACCAAAUGUUUUGUGUGUUUCCAAAUACUGUUAUGCCCAUGGGUCAAACAUUACAUCCAUAAUGACUUGUUAGUUUUUCUGAUUAUGAUGCGGACUCCGAAACAUAACUAGACCGUGAAGUAUUUCCCGUUCACUAACCUGCCAGGAUCUUGGUCCCCUCGUGUUCAUUCCGCUGCUCUAGACUAAACGUUACCUCUCCUUUUUUGUUGGCCGGCUUUACUCCAUAAGGCAACCGGCACCCUCAUGGGUAAUAACAGUAAUUGGAUAAUCACUUAUUGUUAUUCGUGUAUUCAUUCAAUAUAACUCAGUGUCUUUAUUAUCAAAAUGUCAAUUUUUACUUUGUUACUUCGGUAAGCUUUUUUCAGUUUAGCGCACCGUUGCGAUCCCCCCUUUCCCCUUGAGCGGCUGGAGUACUGCGUUGCAUUCUGACCAUAGACCGAGAUACGGUACGGACUGUCUUGACGAACCCCCCCCGGACUUUCAGAACCGAAAUUCGUCGAGAUUAGUGAACAGCAACCGACAAGAACGAAACACUUGAUUCCUGCUGGAGCUGUGACAUUUACUGUCCAUUUAUACUCUGGAAGAACGGAAUAACGUUUGACAUCCAAGAUCACCUCACUGCUGCAGACCUGAGGUCAACAACAACAGAGGAAUGUUGAGUUAAAGAAACGCAUAUGCAGGUGGAUCCCAGUCCAGUGAAUGUAGGGGAUGGAGGCAUGGUAAGUAAAGAGAUUGGUGCCGUGAGCAUGGUGGGGAACCCCCCUCAGACGCUGCCCCCGGAGCUCCGAAGAGAUGUGCCCCUCGUUCAGCCAAACAGAACCACCACGGCGGACGACUGUAGGACACCAGUUAACGUUUGUUCGGACCAGAGCAAAUUCAACCAUUGCCCGGUGGUCCCCGCCUGCCAGCAGCUCAACAACGCCCCAGCGUCAGGCCCUCCCCUCGUUAGCACUGACCAGAGGACAGACAAUAAGCCAGAGGUCCCCAAACCCAAGGUUGAUGGUGCCGGGGCCUUUCUCACACACCAGUGGCCGUGCGGAACCACGGUCAGCCCCGAGGACCCAGUGAAGCCGAGUCACGGCAGUGUGACGUCCGGUCAGAAACCACACGCCCAGACCCAGUCACUGAUUAGUCUUCCCGCUGGGUUUCAGUGCUCGACGUUGUUCAAACCGGGCCAGCCCGUCACUUUCCUUCCCAGCACAAACUUUUCAUCCUCGCUCUGUAAAAUCACCUUGCCGCCUGCGUUGGGUCAGAUCGCCGCGUUGAGGGAAGCCACGGCCAGCCAGUUUCAGAAGGAGAGCCAACCGCAGAGCGUCGCCGCCGGGGUCACACCCCUGCUGCGGACCUACCCGUAUCACUUUUCCACGGGUCGAUGUCCAGCGCCCGAAAAGAAAAACCCCACGCCCAAACUCAGAUGUAACUCUACAUUCAGCAACAAGAGCUCCAAAGGAGAGCAUACCUCGGCCGCGUCCACCGGGGUGGCGGCCCCAGCCAUCGCGAUCCCCGUCCAGCAUCCAGCGCUAGGUUCGGCACCACCGACCCGCUUCACACUGUCCCCCGCUGCUACGCUCUGCUGUGGGCCGGCGCUGGCCGGCAUCACCACACAGGCGAGGCUGCAGAACCGCGUGGAGAAAGGCCCUCCGCGCCACUGCAUUGCAGACAAGACAUCGGUGGGGUUUCUAAAGCUCCAGGGUCCGUCCGCGGCAGACGACCGUGCUGUUGUUUCCCCGGCGGAGCCGAGGGACGUGCCCCUUGACCUGUCCGCCAAGUCAAAGAGGCCGAAGACGACGGUGAAAGGCCCUCCGAACCCUGUGGCCACCGCAGAGCUUCUCCAUAACGAGGGGCGUCAGAAAGGUUCCCUCCAUCCAAAAAGGUCCCAAAUUGGCUCUUACGGGUCUGCUGCUCCGUAUCCUAUCCUGCCCAACACUCACAGAAAUGGGACCCAUCCAAAACCGACCAGCAGACCCCUGAAUCACCAGGGUUUGGAACCCAACUCAUCCUGGGUCAGAGGUUCCUCUCAAGGCUCCAUUAAUAACCUCCCGGGAACCUACGUCGGUGUGGCUAGCCCGAUACUUGCCUCGACUCUGCGCAGCAAAGAUGGGAAGGGGUCCUUUGAGGACGAGUUUCAGACUUUCGCCAGACAGGAGACUAUCUCCAUUAUUGACCAGGGGGAACAGCUGGCCUCAAGGGGGAAGAAGGCGUCAUUCAUGACCAAAGGCAACCAGCAUGUGCACGGCAUUAAGCACCCAACCAGUACCAGUCCAGCGGUAACACAAAGCUGCCCCUCCAAAGGGGCUUUCGCCACUGCUCUGCCCGGCUCGGCCAACUCAUACUCACAGCAGAAAUCUGGAACUAUCAAAGCCGCGACCCAAUACCCUCCCGCUGUCAUCAAGCCUCUGUGGCAACAGCCGGCCCUUCUGCCGCACCAAGGGGCUUCAGUCCAGAGGAAGGUCGGUCCAGGUACUUUCAAGGUCAAGGGGGCACCAGGUUCUGAAGACCCCAUAUCUCAGAUUGCACGUCAGAGUCCGUCCAGAAUGGAGGAUGAGAAGUGGGACAGAACGAAAUCCCCUCUUUCCAACCUUGAGUCCAUAGUAAAGCAAAAAGCUCUGGAGACGACUGCAUUAACCGGUGAGGGAUACAGACAUAUGGCAACUGUGGCAUCAAGAAGGCCUGAGGCGGUGAACUACCAGCCCACGGGCCAUGACACACUGUUCCCCCAGACGGCUGCUUUUGGAUGUCCACCUUACAGAUCUAUGGAGAACAAAGAAAGACCUUCCUCUCACAGCGAAUCCACAUUAGUUAUGAACAAACUGGACAAAUUGUGUGUCUCGGAACCUAAAGAAAAGAGUACUGAGAAAUAUAUGAAGCUGGGGGAACUCGCAGAUGGCAAAGACAGCCAGGUCUCUGCAAAGAGCGCCAGCAACACACAUGCCUUUGGAAGCAUCGGUUCAUGUGCAAGAUACAGCAUGGACAGCAAGUUGGCUCAGGAGUUGGAGGGGGGAAUAAUGAAGGAGGAGAGUAGCUCUCAUUUUGGUCUCUCGCCCCGUGCUAAAUUGGAGGGGAUUGCCUUAUCCAUUCUCGCUGGGCAGAGUCCAGGGGUUGUCGAGUUGGAGAAGCCUAUUGGAACCAAAGAGGAGUCCCCAAAAGCAAAACCUGUUGUCUCCAAACAGAAGAAGCCCCUUAGUCCCAGGAAGCCAGCAAAGGAAAAGUCUCUGUUGGAGCUGUCAAAGAAGGCUGUGGUACCCGGGAAGAAAAAACAAGACCAGGAGAUCCCCCCAGGAAAGAAAGAACCCAAAAAUAAGAAACCACACUCAACUGCACUGGAGCCGAAUGUGUCAGUGGCUGAAUCAACCCCACACAGUGAGGACGGCAAGAGAGUGUCAGUGGCUAAAUCAACCCCACACAGUGAGGACGGCAAGAGAGUGUCAGUGGCUGAAUCAACCACACACAGUGAGGACGGAAAGAGAGUGUCAGUGGCUAAAUCAACCCCACACAGUGAGGAGGAGAAGAGAGUGUCAGUGGCUAAAUCAACCCCACACAGUGAGGAGGAGAAGAGAGUGUCAGUGGCUAAAUCAACCCCACACAGUGAGGAGAGGAAGAGAGUGUCAGUGGCUAAAUCAACCCCACACAGUGAGGACGGGAAGAGAGUGUCAGUGGCAAAAUCAACCCCACACAGUGAGGACGGGAAGAGAGUGUCAGUGGCUAAAUCAACCCCACACAGUGAGGACGGGAAGAGAGUAUCAGUGGCUGAAUCAACCCCACACAGUGAGGAGGAGAAGAGAGUGUCAGUGGCUAAAUCAACCCCACACAGUGAGGACAGGAAGAGCGUGUCAGUGGCUAAAUCAACCCCACACAGUGAGGAGAGGAAGAGUACACGGAGGGAGAAGAGCAGCCACCCUGAGAGCGAAGCUGUUCACUACAAACCAGGUACCAGUGGCACUCUGCUCCCCAAUCCACUCAGCUUGGAGACCUCGGGUUCUAUCAGAAGUCCUGGCAGAACCGGCCAGGAGCUCGCAUCCUCAGAUGGCUCCACCCCCAGGCUGAGGAGGUGCAGACGACGAGGGGAUGAGGCUCGCCUGGAGAACUGGGGCUUCACCACUCCCUCUCCUCCACCUCCACUAUCCCCUCCCCACCCAGCCUCCCCUCCCCCCCAGCCUGCUCGCCGGCCCAGGGGGAGACCGCGUACCAACCCCCUCCCUGAGAAGGCUGACCGUUUCAAGACCAGGACCGCACCCUCUACUGAGGGAGACAACCCCACCCGGAGAAAACGAACGCGCUGCCGAAGCAAGAAGUACCAGAAUGGGGAGUACAUCAUGGAGAAGGCCAAGGACCAGAAUGGGGAGUACAUCAUGGAGAAGGCCAAGGACCAGAAUGGGGAGUACAUCAUGGAGAAGGCCAAGGACCAGAAUGGGGAGUACAUCAUGGAGAAGGCCAAGGACCAGAAUGGGGAGUACAUCAUGGAGAAGGCCAAGGACAGAGGGGGAGAAGGGGAGGGGAGAGAGGUCCCACCCAGACAUGGGACUCCAGCUGGAUCAGAUCUGAGGACAGGCUUGUACCCGCGUCUCAGCGCCACUCUGACCAGCCGUGGCACCAGCCCAGAGCCUGGUCCCAAGAGGCCUUUGUUCGGUCGCUCAGGGUCGGUGCGGCAGUCCGAGAACAACACCUCCCCGGACCCCAGCGACAAGCCAUCAGGGAAGAGGAAGUUCAAGAGCAAGCACCUGAGUGACACCGAUGAGCCGAAGAAGCUAAAGAGUAAGCGUUGUGUCCUGGGGAAGCACCCUGCCUCAGCGGCCACUGAUGACAACAGCCCUGACGCUAAGAAACCAGCAGGCCUCCUGGCCGCCGCCAAGAGCUCGUCUUCCCCUCCAGCUAGUAAGAAGGGGACCUCAGGGAGGGGAGGAGCUCCCGAGUCUCCUCGCAGCAGGCCCGUUCCUCCGGAGGUUCGCCGGCUCAUUGUCAACAAGAACGCUGGCGAGACGCUGCUGCAACGAGCCGCUCGGCUGGGGUACCAGGAAGUGGUUCUGUACUGUCUGGAGAAGGACAUUCGGGAGGUGAACCGGCGUGACAAUGCGGGUUACACGGCUCUCCACGAGGCCUGCUCCCGAGGCUGGAGCCACAUAGUCCAGGUUCUGCUGAAACACGGGGCGGAUGUCAACUGCAGCGCCCAGGACGGAACACGGCCGAUCCAUGACGCUGUGGCCAGUGACAACCUUCCCGUAGUGUGGAUGUUGUUGAACCACGGGGCGGACCCCAACCUCGCCACCUACUCAGGCCAGACCGCGGUGAAACUGGCCCAGAGCCCCGGGAUGAAGACCUUCCUCAGAGAAUACUUCACAGACCUACAAGGGAGAAAUGACCAGGAUCUCAGUGUGCCGUGGGACUUCUACAGCAGCUCUGUGUUUGAGACUGGCCAGGAGGCAUGCUGGGACUUCCUGCUCUCCCAGCGAGGAGAGGAGGAGGAGGAGGACGACAAGACGAGAGCGGGGAGGGAGGAGAGAGACUCUGAUAUGGACUGUCUCCUGUUUGAAUUCUCCUCUGAUCCGCUGUUGCCCUGCUACCAUGUCCAAGUGUCUUUAACCCAGGGCUUUUGCAAUUGGUUCCUGUUGACCGACGUCCUGAAGCGGCUGAAGAUGUCCUCCCGGAUAUUCCGGGCUCGGUACCCACACCUGGAGGUGGUGAGCCUGGCGCAGGCAGAGCUGUGGAGGCAGGUGUCAGUCAGCCAGGUGAGCUUAGUUUCCGCACGGCCUCCGGAGAACGAGCUGCAGGAGGGGGAGGGGCUGGUGGAACUGGUCCGCUGUGUUCCGGAGCUCCAGGGUCUUCUGGGCUCCUCCAUUCACAUUCUCCGGGAGGAUGAGGAGGAUGACGAAGGGGACAGGACGGAUACGGCCACGCCCUGCAGCCGGUAGCCCCCCGCGUCUCGGCCCCUUCAUCUGAACUGCUCCCCUACAUGUCCCUUGAGUUUACCCCUGACCUCCGACCCCUGACCUCCGACGGCGACGAGCAGAUCAAAAUAAACCCUGUCGGUAGGAACUGUGUAACGAUGAUUGUGGAUUUGGUGAAAAAGUCCUCUGGCUCCGCCCCUGGGAAGGACACUCCUCACCGGUGACCUGGGACCUCCGCAUUCAGCAGACGCGGAGGUCAUGACGACCAUGUUGAUUCUGGGAGGAGGUGCAUGGUUUUGGGAGGAGGUGCUCGGUGCUCCAGAUUAGCUUUCAGGUUCAAUCUGUAGGGAUUUUUCAGGAUUCCGGAAAACCCGAUUUUUAUUAUUCUACAUGUUUGGGAAUAAAACGAAUAUCUUUCCACCCGGUUGAACACAUUUGGUCGUAAUGUAUUUGUGGGAGUAAGGAUGGAUCAGGUUGAGGAUUUCUUUGUGUUGUUUUGUUCCGUUUGUUUGGUCAUGAGGGAAAGCAAAUUUUUUUGGGUGGGAGAUAAUUUUACCUUGGUGAUCUCGUGUGCAGCUAAGAGGCUUAUGGCCAGGCCAGCUACCAGUGGUAGGAUGGUACCUUCAUUAACCUAGAAGACAUGGAGUUUCACAGAGAAGAAACCACACACAGACACUGUCCAGCUCACAAAACCAUAGAACACUGAUCGAUUUUAUGAAUCAACCAUACAAGCACUCGGGAGCUCAAAGGUAGUUAGCCAUUAGAGUUGUUUGUUGCUGGUCUUUUGUUGUUCAUUUUGCAGUGCACAUGAAUAUACCAAGUAUCUUUGGUGUGUUAUCCCACAGUCUACGUAUCUAUGGGUUUUCUACCUUUUAGAUCAUUAAUUGAUUUUGUUGAACUUGAGAAUUAAUACUUGUUUACAGAUUCAGUGGAUGGAAACGUGUGUUUGUAGUUCUUCACUCCUGCUUCCCCUUCAGUAAGAGUGACAGUAGAAGUCCGUGGAUGACUCUCAGUAACGGCGGCAGGAAAUGCCACACGUUCUGUACUCUGGUCCUCUGUUCUGAGGGGAACCUUUGCUGCGUAACUCCUGGGAGGCGGGGGACCACCCUCCUACUGCGCCUCGCUCAUCCCUCCUCCGUCCUCCUCGUGGCGUUACUUAUGGACUACGGCGUGCUCUGUGGCCAGCGCGUUUUAUUUACACUGUCGUUUGUGCUUAAUUUAAUAGUCAUUAAUAUAUUUGACCUUGUGUAUCUGACAAACAAUUUAUGAAAAGAAAUUGCUUUGUAUGGUUGGUGCUUCUGUUGAGGUGUACAUUCAAGGAUCCCUUUAUCCUUCCUGAGAUUAGGUUUUUUGUUCUCCUUAUUGCAAACAGUAUUUUAUCAAGCAAAAGUACAGUUUUAUUGUACUGGUGCUAAGCUACAUUUUGUGUUGACAAUCAAUGAAGUUUUUUGUUUGACGUUAAACCAAUAAAUGAUAUUUAAGAUGAAGAGACUGAAAUGUAAAGAAAUACUAUAGUUUCAAUACCUAUGAAGAAAUUGGAAUACAGCUAGUUUGGUUUAGAGGACAAUGUAUUGCUUGUGUGAGUGCUAUUAAAACAGGUUAACCUUUUAUUUGAUUCUUUUUUAAGAAAUCAACCAGAAUAAAGCAUGAUUGUAAAGUACCA